ACAAGAACCCCAUGUGUAUUGUGGACACCGACCGUCAAAAACUUUCAACUUCCCUCAAUCUUAAAGCUACAUAGAUAGAUACAGCUGCUCACUUAAAUAUCCCUACUUUGCGACAACACAGAAAUUAUCACUCUCUCGCCCUUCUCAGUGACUGUGGGUAAUUUGUUGAGUAGACUUCCAAAAAAGAAAAAUGGCUUCUUCUGCGAUGAAAUUUCUUGUGUUGUUUGCUAUUUGUGUUCUUCCUGCUUUUGUAAGUGCCACUGCUAGACCCGUUAAAACACCUCUCACUGUCUGUGGUAAGGUUUACUGUGAUACUUGCAGAGCCGGAUUCGAAACCACUGCUACCACUUUCAUCGCAGGUGCCAACGUUAUGUUGGAAUGCAGAGAUAGGAAAACAAUGCAGGUGCAUUACACUGCAAAUGGAGUAACAGACUCGACUGGAUCAUAUGAGAUCACAGUUGCUUACGACCAUGGUGAUCAUCUAUGUGAAGCCUCACUAGUUAGCAGCCCAGAUGCAGGCUGUGCUAAGUUUGCACCAGGACGUGAUAGGUCAGUCGUGAUCCUCACCAGCAACAAUGGUGUUGCCUCGACUAUUCGAUAUGCUAACAACAUGGGAUUCAUGGCUGAUCAACCAAUGAGUGGCUGCGCUCAGGUUCUCCAACAGUACUUGGAAGCUGAUGAAGACAUCUAAAUUUUAACAAUCACAGAACUUCUCUUUCUCAUUGAGGGUCACUGUGGGAGUUUUUAUGUAGUUCCUAAUUAAGUAUUGUAAUGGAUUUAUGAACUGGUAAUAUUUGUCCAAGUUUAUUAGAUUAAACUAAAUUGAGGAAUCCCCUGUUGGCUUAAAAGUUAAAACUCUGACAUGUCCAAAGCUAUUGACAGGCUAGAGUGGACAUCCUCAGCUGAAAAAUAUUAGCUCAAUCUUGGCUUUCAUCCA